CUUGCUCAGGCUGGUUUUGAACUCCUGACCUUUGAGCGAUCCGCCCACCUCGGCUUCCCAGAGUGCUAGACAUUUCUGUGUCCUAAUGCCCGGAACGUGCGAAUGUGGCCUUAUUUAGAAAAAGCGUUUUUGAAGAUGUAACCGAGUCAAGGAUGGUGAGAUGAGAUCGUCCUGAAGUAGGGUGGGCUCUGGGUCCAGGGACAAGGGGAAGAGAGAGGACACACAGGGAGGUGGCCACAGGAUGGCAGAGGCGGAGAUGAGAGCGGUGCGUCUACAAGCCCAGGAACACCGAAGGCUGCCGGCAGCCACCAAAACUAGGAGGAAGGCACAGAAUGGAUUCUUCCUCAGAGCUUCUGGAAGGAACCAACCCUGUCUGCACCCCGAUUUCAGACUUUUGACCUCCAGAACUGUGAGAAAAUGAGUUUCUGUUGUUGUUCUGAGCCACCCAGUAAUUUGUCAUGGCAACCCCAGAAAUUACCACAGCAGACACUUUAGGGCCCUCGGGUGCCAGGUCCUGGGGCCACCACCGAGGACGCAGCAGUGACCUGAGUGGAUGUGACCCCAGGCGUCAUGGAACUGCCCGUCCAGAGGGGUCCAAGGAGGAGGCAGGCACCACCGAGCCUACUCCCUGCUUUAAGCCCACUCCUUCUCCAGCGUCUCCGUCCCAGUGUGCCACACCACUGGCCCGUGGCUCGGGCCACAGACCCGCCAGGCACUGUCACACCAUCUCCACGGCCGACCCACUGCCGAAUGCUGCCGGUCUCACAUCUGAGACACGUUGUGAACCUGCCCAGGUCUCCCUGCCUUCCUUCCUCCUCCUGCACAGGCCACCGUCCCUGCUCUGGAUGACUGGAAAACCCCCCUCGAGCUCCGUCAUCCUCCCCGUUCACGAUCGCCACCUACAUUCUCUCCAGCACGUCCUCCCCCCAGCAGCCAGAGGGAUCUGUGCAAAUGUCAAUCAUUUCACUCCUCUGCUGAACACGUCAGAGCUUCCUCCUGUGCUCCAAGAAUCCAACAUGAAUGCCCACACCUCUGGCCUCGCCCCCAUCUGGCCCCUGUCUGCCACUCUGCCCACACUCACUCAGCUUCCCUCUUCCCUGAGGAGCUGGCCACGCCGGCCACGCCGGCCACCUGCCCUUCCUCUGGGCCCCAAGCUCUUUUCCAGCUCAGAGCAGUCACAACGUGGUGCGUGCUCGCUCUCUCAUUCUUCCUUCUGCUCUUGGGUCUCCACCCCUGGUUUCAACUUCAAUCUCUUGGUCUUAACUGAAAUGUCACCUUCCCAGAGAGGCUGUACGAGACCACUAGUCUGGAGUGUCCCUUUUUGCUUUUUUUACGUACCUCUCUUGAUAGGUAUUGUCCCCAUACUUAAUGUCAGGGUUUGCAUGUUGGUGUGUUUAAUGCCUGUCCUACUCCUUCAAGGUCAACUCCAAGAGGGCAGCAGCCACCUCUGUUUUUGUUCCAUUCUGACGUUCCAGCACCUAACGCGUAGGGCCGGGCACAUGGCGCUGCUUAGUAAGGAUUUGAUGAGUGAGAAAAUAAAUGAAUAUGUUUCCUGAGCCAUAUGGGGAGGAGAGGAGUAAAGAAGAACCAACACUUGUACGGCAAACUUCUCAGCUCCCGCCACCCUGCACGUUUAACAUCUCACCGCGGCAGGCGUGGAAAUGUAAUUACUUUGUUUUUUUUCUCUCCUCUAAAAGCCUUGUUUCUAAAGUUUAUUUCUUCCCACUGUUGAGUAAAUGUGUGUAUUAACCCUUAGGCAGCAGCAAAGGAAGGGUUUGCAGGCUUAAUAAGAGAGCACUGCUUAAGUCAGACCCCCAGAAGGGAGAAGUUCCUAUCAAACAGAACAUCCGAGGGAAGUUAAAAUGCACUUGCAGAAAUAAAUUGGUUGCUGUGGCAACCAGUCCUAGUUCUCCCCCAGAAGAAAAACAUAGAAAAAGGAGUUGGGGUGGGGGCAGUCAGUGAGCUCUGGUCUGGGCUUAAGAGGAGCUGUCCAAAUCGAAUUAUGGGACAUUGUGCAAUAUCUCAGGUUACCAGCAUAAAAUGACAUGUUGCAUGCUCGCCUCGGUUUGGGCAAUGGACUCUCUUACCAGGCCUGAUUCACCAUUUCCGCUGCCUUCCUGGCUGGCUCUCGUGGGCGGCGGGGUGUGUGACGCCCGCCAGACAAUGCCGCCUGUCACUCUCAAAGUCGUGUGCCAGCUCCCACGUUGAAGGGCUCCCAGAAGGAAGCCUGCUCUUCAGAGAGACCCUGUGGUGGGUCCUUCUGUAAUGAGUAAUCAGCUUCUAACAGAUCCUCCUUGUCAACCGGCAUUUUCAUCUAUAUAUGGUUUUCAGAGUGGAAUCCGCCCACUUGUGCUGGGAGAGUUCACGGAAGGUUUUAACCUCAUGGUGACAAGACGGCUGCCGCAGCUCCAGACAUUUUCAUGACAUUCAAGGCAAGAAGAAGGGGAAAGAGGUGGCC